AUGAAGCCAACGAAGAUCGUGAUUCCGAACCGCCGCAACGAGAAGCUCGUGGGUCUGCUUCACGAAACUGGAUCAAAAGAAGUUGUGGUCUUAUGCCAUGGCUUUAGAUCGGACAAGACCAACAAGAUUCUCAAAAACGUGGCUACAGCUUUGGAGAAAGAAAAAAUCAGCUCUUUUCGUUUCGAUUUCUCUGGUAACGGAGAUAGUGAAGGAACUUUCUAUUAUGGUAACUUCAACAGUGAAGCAGAGGAUGAUCUGCAUUACGUUAUUCAACACUUGUCCUCCUCUAACAUCAUGAACCGUCUAGUUCCUGUCAUUCUUGGUCAUAGUAAAGGUGGUGAUGUCGUUCUUCUCUAUGCUUCCAAGUUUCCCGAUUAUAUCCGCAAUGUCGUCAAUAUCUCUGGACGUUUUGAUCUUAAGAAUGAUGUGCGUCUCGGAGAUGGUUAUAUAGAAAAGAUUAAGGAACAGGGGUUUAUUGAUGCUACAGAGGGCAAAUCUUGUUUUCGUGUUACUCAAGAGUCUUUAAUGGAUAGGUUAAACACUGAUAUGCAUCAAGCUUGUCUCAAUAUUGAUAAACAAUGCAAAGUUUUGACAGUUCAUGGUUCGGAUGAUACCGUGGUACCUGGGGAAGAUGCUAAGGAGUUUGCAAAGGUUAUACCGAAUCAUAAGCUGGAGAUUGUGGAAGGAGCUAAUCAUGGUUACACCAAACAUCAGAAGGAAUUGGUUUCCAUAGCGGUGGAGUUUACCAAGACUGCGAUUGUUGAACAACACAAUUUGUUAGUUGUCUUUGGGAGAUGGCUCAUCAUCGUCAUGAUAGUUGUUACAUUCUACAUGAGUGUUUUCGAUCAUUUAAUCAAAGUUUAUCCACUACUUGUAAUUUUCAAAUUGGAGAAUGUUAUGAGCAGAAUUCAACAAUUAAUCUACUUGAUUUUUUUUUACUUGUUAAGGAUUAAACUAUUAUUAGGCUUGUGGCUUCUGUUACUGGAGAGGAGAAUGUAA